GUCUGGACAAGAAGGCGGCCAUUUCGAAAGAAGAGAGCGCCGCGGACGACCAUGGCGAGCAAAAUCCCCGCGACAUUCAAGGCCGUCACGCCGUUCAUUCGGCGGGCGGAGGAACUUGAUCGGGACAAAAGUCGUCCCGAGAGCAAGAUGGUGGCGUAUUAUUGCCGACAAUAUGCCAUGGAACUCGGGAUCAAGCUCCGAGAACAUGACGCGUCGGACGAAGCGACCAAUUAUUUGCUUUCCCUCAUGGAAGCGCUCGAAUUGGAGAAAAGCUCGCUGCCGGCGCACACUCAGGACGAAGGGCGUAUCAUCUGCGAGAACUUUGCAUACGACAUUUUCAUGCGAGCUGACGAAGAAGACCGCAGCGGUGGCUCCAACAAGAACACCGCUCGUACCUUUUACGCGGCUGGCAGUUUCUUUGACAUUUUGAAGCAGUUUGGUACGCCCAGCGAAGAUGUGCUGGAAAAGACAAAGUACAGCAAAUUCAAAGCCGCCGACAUUUUGAAAGCCAUCAAAGAGGGUCGUACCCCGACACCGGGGGCUCCCAGCGAACAGAUUCCGAACACGCCCGACGACGAUGGCGUCGCGCCUGCUCCGUCGCCUGUCCAGCAGAUUCAACCCCAGCAACAAUUCGUUCCAGCUCCGUCCCCUCCUCCGCCCAGCGUCCCUGAAUUCCCAAACUUGGCGUCCUUGAGCUACGAGGUUCAACCUCAAGAACGACCACCUCCACCUGCCGAACCUCAGUAUCAACAACCCCGGUAUACCCCACCGCCUCCAUCUGUGGUCCAAGCGCCGCCCGCUCCUUCAUUCACGCCGCCGCCCCAAUAUGCCCCACCUCCGCAACAGUACACGCAACCAACGUACGCAGAGCCCCCACGACAAAGCCCGCCGCCUGCCACCGGUCGAACUGGCGGGUGGUCUCAGAACAACAUCAAUGAUGCGAUGGAAUGCGCCAAGUUUGCUGCGGCUGCCCUCAAGACGCGAGAAGUCGAGCUUGCCAUCCAGCGGCUGGAGCAGGCACUGCAGUGUUUACGUUAAGUUGGUGAAUCCAGUCGUGAUCACUCGGCCCC